ACCUAUGCUUGUUUCUACAUUUUAUACCUAGUUACGUUACAGUUUAUACAACAUGGGCUCAAGCUUUUUACAAAUUUUAUUUUUCUUGUUUUUUACCAGAUUAAUCUAUGCCUACGACAUACGAAAUCACCCUUGCUGCCAAGAGCCCUCAGACAAUAUUAGCCUGGCGAUGAUCAUCGACGCGUACGAGAUCUACGGCCACGACCCGACGGACAAACUGGACCAUCUCGCGCACUAUCAGAUAGAGAUGAUGAAGAUUAAGAGGGCGCCUGAUCAGUACAUAAUUAACGAGCAUGUCCACAUUGCAACAGACCACCUCGGCAGAUUUAUUAACAUGCAUAUAAAGGAACUAAAGGUCCUGCUGAUCGCUUUAGAAGAUGUAAUAGACAACAUGCUGACAAUGUACGACAAUCACAAUGCGAUUAAAACUGAAAGAGUCGCAACGUUUAAUUCAGCGGCUGGUGGUGCGGUCCCAUCCGAGUUUUACCUUAGUCAAGAAUUUUACUGCGGCAAGAACGUCUACAUCUUCAUAUCGGAGUUGUACAGCGACAUCUACAACAUGGGGCGCGGAAUCACCCCCCACUGUAGGGGCAGAGGGUUCCACUUCCUAGGCUUCGUCCAUUUCGCGGACGACAACAAGUAUUAUCUGGAAGAAGAUCCGAGCAUAGUUUUCCAAGGUGACAACUUUAUACACGGGCUGGAGUGUCACCUAGGUAUUUGUAUUUUCAGGUUCCCAUUCAAAAAGAGUCUCCAACACGUGCGAGACGUGUCAACGCUUCCAAAGGCGAUCGUCAAAUGCGGCCUUAUCAUGUACAAACUACCCCCACUAACUGCUGCGUCUUGUAUCAUCACCUCAGGGUCCUUUAUACUGGACUUUAACAUUCAAGGGAUACGGUAUAGACAUUAUGAUUAUAUGCUGUUUCUUCCCAACGGCCACUCAUUUUACACAAAAGAGCCGAUGACACCGUUAGUUUGCGACCACCACGUUUGUGAAUGGAACAACACUAAUUUCUACGGAGGACCCUUUCUAAUCCCGGGCGACCCUGGCAAUGGCCUGUCCCCAAUCCCACCUUUCUUGGAACAAACCACGGAAGCGUACCAUUUCUCCACGGAACCUCCUGGUGGUCCCGACUACGCCAAUAUUACUUAUACCUUAGAUGGGUGUUGGUUCAUGUUUCCUCCGAACUACGGAUCUAUAGCUGGCAUCAGCUACUUAGAUCCCCUCACCGUGAACGAGUACCGGUAUACAUGCUCCGGUUCAGGAAACAAGGGUCUGUAUUGGUACCCUCAAUGGAUGGGCGCUCCCCCGCACCACCCGUACCCGCGCUCCGACGACUCGCCCACCGACCUCAACCCGGACGUGCCGAGCGUGUUCUACCCGCACCAGGCCCAGAGACAAGCGUCGCCUGAUGUACCUACAUUUCAAAUUGGGACCAAUUAAAUAUAAAAGCUAUUUGCU